AUGGCUGCUGUUGAGUGGCCAAGCUCUGUGGGGGACCUGGAGGAUGCAGAUCUGCUGAUCCAGCUGGAAGCCUUCGAGGAGGCCAAGGUGGAGGAUGAGGAGGAGCUGCUACGUGUGUGUGACGGCAUCAACAUGAACAGCCACCAGGAAGUCUUUGCCUCUCUCUUCCACAAGGUGAGCUGCUCCCCAGCAUCGGCCCAGUUGCUGUCUGUGCUGCAGGGCCUCCUGCACCUGGAGCCCUCAGGCCGCUCUGGCCAGUUGCUCUGGGAGGCUCUGGAGAGCCUGGUGAACCGGGCCGUGCUCCUGUCCAGUGAUGGGUGUCCACUGCCUCCCCCUCCCCCACCCACUGGUGUGGGCUGGGGGCCCGGUAUCUCUGGGCUCCCCCUGGCGGCUGGUGUUGAGGAGAUCAUUGUGGCCCAGGUGGACCACGGCCUGGGCUCCACGUGGGUCCCCAGCCACCGCUGUGUGAACCCCCCAACCCUGCGCAUGAAGAAACUCAACUGGCAGAAGCUGCCGUCCAACGUGGCCCAAGAGCGCAACUCCAUGUGGGCCACACUGAGCGGGCUGGGCACCCAGCAGGUGGACCUUGACUUCUCCAGCAUCGAGAGGCUCUUCUCCUUCCCCACCACCAAGCCCAGGGAGCCCACAGCCACCCCUGCCAGGAAGGAGCCCAAGGAGGUCACUUUUCUGGAUGCCAAGAAGAGCUUGAACCUCAACAUCUUCCUGAAGCAGUUCAAAUGCUCCAACGAGGAGGUCACUGCUAUGAUCCGGGCCGGGGACACGGCCAAGUUCGAUGUGGAGGUUCUCAAACAGCUUCUGAAGCUCCUUCCAGAGAAGCACGAGAUUGAGAACCUUCGGGCGUUCACAGAAGAGCGAGCCAAGCUGGCCAACGCCGACCAGUUCUAUGUCCUCCUGCUGGACAUCCCCUGCUACCAGCUGCGGAUUGAGUGCAUGCUGCUCUGUGAGGGCACGGCUGUCGUGCUGGACAUGGUGCGGCCCAAGGCCCAGCUGGUACUCAGCGCCUGUGAGGGCCUGCUUACCAGCCACCGGCUGCCCGUCUUCUGCCAGCUGAUCCUGAAGAUUGGGAACUUUCUCAACUAUGGCAGCCACACGGGGAAUGCUGACGGUUUCAAGAUCAGCACGCUGCUGAAGCUCACGGAGACCAAGUCACAGCAGAACCGCGUGACCCUGCUGCACCAUGUGCUGGAGGAAGUGGAAAAGAGCCACCCGGACCUCCUGCAGCUGCCUGCGGACCUGGAGCAGCCAUCCCAAGCAGCAGGGAUCAACGUGGAGAUCAUCCUCACAGAGGCCAGCACCAACCUGAAAAAGCUGCUGGACACGGAGCGGAAGGUGUCUGCCUCAGUCCCUGAGGUGCAGGAGCAGUACCAGCAGCGUCUGCAGGCCAGCAUCAUGGCCUCUGAAGAGCUGAACAUAGUGUUUGAGGCCAUCGAGCAGAAGAAGCUGGAGCUGGCCGACUACCUGUGUGAAGACCCCCAGAAGCUGUCCCUGGAGGACACAUUCAGCACCAUGAGAACCUUCCGGGACCUCUUCACAAGUGCCCUGAAGGAGAACAAGGACAGGAAGGAGCAGGUGGAGAAGGCAGAGAGAAGGAAACGGCAGCUGGCAGAGGAGGAGGCACGAAGGCCUCGGGGCGAGGAUGGGAAGCCUGGGAGGAAGGCACCUGGGAGGCAGGAGGAGGUGUGUGUGAUUGAUGCCCUGCUGGCGGACAUCAGGAAGGGCUUCCAGCUGCGCAAGACAGCCCGUGGCCGAGGAGACUCUGAAGGGGUCAGCAAGGCAGCCACAGUGGACUCCCUCAGGGUCCGGGAGCCUGCAGCUGCCAGUGACCCUGCACAGGGCCCCGCGGGUGGCACAAGCUGCCUUGCCCCGGAUUUGGACCAUCAUACCACAGUGGCUAGUGCACCACAGGGCUGGGACCUUGUGGAUGCCGUGACCCCCAGCCCAGUGCCCCCUGGCAGGGAGAGCAGCCUACCGCCCCUGGAGCGGCGCUCCUCCUGGUAUGUGGAUGCCAGUGAUUUUCUGGACACCGAGGAUGCCCUGAAUGCCUGCCCCUCCAAGAAGGCCUGCCCAGUGGCCCUGGGAGACUCACAGGCCCUGAAGCCUCUGCAGUUCUCCAUUGAGGAGCCCCCAGGAUCAAAGAGUUUGGGGCCCCAGGACCAUGAGGACCCUGCAGCCUCUCAGGGUGUCCACCAGGCCAAGGCAGACAGCACAAGCCUGGGGCCAGAGGACAUAGGACCUAGUGGGGAAGAGGACAGGGAGGACAUGGCCCCGGAGUCUGCACUGGACACAUCCCUGGACAAGUCCUCCGAGGACGCAGUGACGGACUCCUCCGGAUCUGGCACCCUCCCCAGGGCCCAGGACCGGGCCUCGAAAGGCUCCAGCAGGCGGAGGAAGAAGCGCCCCUCUCGGAGCCAGGAGGGGCUCAGGGCCGCUCCCUCACGGGGCCACCGCCUGGUGAUGUGUCCCUCCCCUCCCCCAGAGGGCGCUGCCGGUUCCAGCAGCGUCUAGGAGAGAGGGUGACUGGGGCACAUGGGGGGACAGUGCUUUACCACAAGGACCGCAUCGUUGUACCCCAAACCCACUCUGCCCGCCUUCACAGCCCCUGCAGGGAGUGGGUGGCUCAUGCCAUGCUGCAUGGGGCUGGCACCAGGCCCGGCACACUGCAUGGGGCUCCCCACAGAGAACCGGGUAUGGUGCUGUUCUGCACCUGUUGCCCGAGGAUGGCAGCCCCUCUGUCACCUGGGAUAAGCUGCUGAGUACCUUUCUUUCAUUUGAAAGCAGAGGUUGCCCCUGAUUCUGAUGAUAAUAAAACAAAAAGGCUGUGUGUGAUCCAGUGAGGUAGGUACGCAGCUGCUCCAUGUGCACUAACGGUGGUGGGCGCUGGGCUGAGCCUGCUGCCCAGACCUCCCGGACCCUAACCUGGCUUUGCUCCAGCCCAUGGGGCACGGUGGCAGCUUCCUCCAUUCUGCCUCCUUGUGCCAGUGCUGCCUCUGCUUGGGCAGGACACAGCCUCAGUGCCCGCCUUGCCUGGGACGGG